UCGUACACGUCCAACGUUCGCUCCGCACGUUCAACGCGCGCCAUCACGGUGUCUCUGUUUGUCAAGUCUCGCGCGUGUGUUUCCUUACGCCGCCGAAGUCGUGUGUUUCUCGCCGCGCCACACACAUGACACCGUUCGUCCGUGCGUUGAUCGCGUGUUCGUCGUCGCCGUCGCAUUCGUCUUAGUGUUUUAUUUUUUUAUGUUUUCGAUUUAACCGCGUUUUACUUGCGUCAGUUAUAAUAAUUAAUUACGUUUUUAAUUUUUUUUUUCCGUUUUUUUUUUUUUUGUUUUUAUUUGCGGUUUACGAGGAUUUUUGUGUUUUUUCCGUGUGCUUUUCGCGUGGAUGACAACGCUCUGAUCCGGUCGCGCAGCAGCCGACAUCGCUCCGACGCCGCCGCCGCACCACCGCCGGUCCCGCGGACGGACAACGUCGCGCGCGCUCGUCGCCCGCGUUCUUCACCACGCACGGUAAAUACCCGACGAUAAUUGACACUAAUCCGUACCCGCAGUCGCGUCGUCGACCGCAAACGACCGCAGCUAUUAAUAAAAUGCUAAUGGACGCCGAAAUAAAAAACUGUUCCGGCCUGUUGGCUGGUGGAGUGCACCACGCAUCCGCGCACAUGGGCCACACGUACGGAAACCUCAAUCAGAUGGGCAUGUUGGCCGGUAUCGGUUCUGCGGGCGUCGUGCUCGGCGGACCGCAGGGCGGCGGACAGCAGCCGCUCUCGUCGCCACCGCCGUCGCAACAGCAACAGCAACAGUCCGCGCUGCACCAGCAACAGCAGCAGCAGCAGCAACAGCAACAACAGCAGCAACAGCAACAGCAACAACAGCAGCAGCAGCAACACCAUCAGCACAUGCAGGCCGCGCACCACCAUCAUCAGGUGGGCGGGCACGUCGUCGGCGGUCAGCUGCAGUUGCCGUCCCCGAACAACAACAACUCGUCGUCGGCCAACAAGAACCAGAACGUGGACCGGGUCAAGCGGCCAAUGAACGCGUUCAUGGUGUGGUCCCGCGGACAGCGCCGCAAGAUGGCCCAGGAGAACCCGAAAAUGCACAACUCGGAGAUCAGCAAGCGGCUGGGCAGCGAGUGGAAAAUGCUGACCGAGACCGAGAAACGGCCGUUCAUCGACGAGGCCAAGCGGUUGCGCGCCGUGCACAUGAAGGAACACCCGGACUACAAGUACCGGCCAAGGCGCAAGACUAAGACGCUGAUGAAGAAGGAAAAGUACCCGUUGCCGGGCGCGGGCGGCCCGCUGUCUCUGGGCGGUGCCGGCGGACAGCCGUGCGACAACUCGGUGGGCGGCCGGAACGCCGUGUCUCAGGCGUCGGCCGCUGUCCAGCAGCAGAUGGUCAGCAACAGCCGCGAGCUGUACCACCAGAUGAACGGUUACAUGCCCAACGGCGGGUUCGGCAUGCACCACGACCCGAAUCCGUACGCGCAACAGCCGUCGCCUUACGCGUCGCACAUGGCCGCCGCUUCACAGGCCGCCGCGAGUUACCGGUACGACAUGCCGCAGAUGAACAACAACGCGGCCGCCGCCGCGUCCAUGCACUACUUGAACGGCAGCUACAACCUGUACUCGGACAUGAACCAGUACCAGCAGGGGCCGCCGUCCACGUCGCACAGCCCGGACAGCAUCAAGUCCGAGAGGAUCUCGCCGCCCGUCCAGUCCGGCGGACAUUCGCCGAGUCCCAGGCUGUGCCAGCAACAGCAGUUGCACCAGCAACAGCAGCAGCAGCAGCAACAACAACAGCAACAGCUGGGAGGCAACGAUCUGCUCCGCAUGUACAUGCCGCUCGAGUCCAGGCUGUCUGCGGCCGCCCAGGGACACCAACAGCCCGGCGUCCACGGCCACCCAUACCUGUCGCAUGGCCAGCAGCAGAACCUCGUGCAGCAGACCCAUCCGCACUCCAUGUCGCCCGAUCUCCAGAUGGGCCACUUGGGCCAUCACAUGUAAACGACAAUGGUCCGCCAGCCAAUCGACAAGCCGCCACCGCCGCCGCCGCAGUUUCCUCCUCAUCGCCGUCGACACACCGUUCACCUCAAUGUCCGCGAGCGCCGCUCUCAGAGGACAGCGCCGCGCACUCAUCGCGUGUCAUGUAAGCCAUAUAUAAAAAAAAAAAUUCAAAAAAAAAAAUUAUUAAAACUUAUUAUAUAUACAUUAAAACGAACGGCGAACGGCGGGCAAAUAUUUUGGUAUUGUUCCAUCAUAUCUGUUCGCCGUUGGAUUAUUUUUUUUUUAAUAACAUUGUCUUAAUAGCGGUUAACAAAACAUUUUACGUAUAUACUUGCAUAAGCCGUGAGUAGUACAAAUGUCAAUAAUGACAAUUAUUGUUUUUUUUUCCUGUUUUAUUUUUUUUUUUUAUUUAUAAUUUUAAUUAUUUUUCAAUUUGUUUUUGAAAAACAUUGACGCGUGCCGGCCGCGUGAACCGUUUUAUUAUUAUAAAAAAUAUAAUGUUCUCGAAAUUUGUAAAAAAAAAUACACGUCCUCUUUCCGCUAAACGUAAAAAAAAUAAUGUAAUGUUUAACACCGAUAACAUUUUCGUCUAUUCCCCUUUGUAAUAAUUGAUAAUAUUUAUCCGUUAUUAUUAUUAUGUGCGACAUGUUAGAAAUCGUUGUGCAUAAUAUAAUAUCAUAUUAUGUGUGUUGCGAUACUAUAAUAUUACGCGUGAUUCCUCCUCCCCAUUACCCGCUGCGGGUACAAUUUUGAUUCGAACGCACAAGAAACGACUCUUUUAUGUAUCUAUACAUUUGCUUUGUACAUAAAAGUGUAUAUUUUUCUUUUCGAAAAGAAAAACAUUAAUUGAAGUACCCCCCCUCCCCCCGACUCCCAUUCCCAGCGUACACCUUUAACAAUUUACAUUUUACAAUAAGUGUGAAAAAUGCGCGCAAGUGAUCAAUAAUAAUAUAUAUACUUAGUAAAAUGUUUCGGUCAAGUCUGCGGUGCGGAGCCGUCAGAGAUGUGCCAUAAAAAUAAAAUUGUAGAAUAAAAAACGCACACACACACCCAAACAUAUUUUGCAACAAUUUGCAAUUCGAAAAGACGACGUUGGCCACUCCUGCAAAUCGAAAUCCGUCCUAACCAUCGAACACAUUCCUCUUCUCAUCACGACAUCGCCGUAUCUAGAAUUUAUGACGUGAUCGCACGCCAACAAUAAUAAUAAAUUUGUGAAAACACAAAACCCCCUUGGACGGUGCAGGCAAUUAUAUCAUUCAUACAUUAUAUUUUAUAGGAACUUAGCGACCACACCACUUGCUUGUUGCAUCACGCGCGACGACAUUAAUAUUGUAAUAUUAAACGAUAAUAUCAUCGACUGUCAAAACACAUGUACGCACGCACACUAUUAAGCGCGUAAUCCAGUAAAACAAACGAAAUAAAAAAUAAAACACGACGAUAAUAAUAAUAAAUAAAAAAAAACUGGUUAUCCGUCUCCUUUCCUCUGGUCGACGCCGCCACAGCCGACGCCCGGGGAGAAAGACGCAGAACGCGUAGUGUGUGUGUGUGUAUACGUGUAAUAUGUAUUCAAUUAGUGAUGUGUUUUAUUAUAUUUUUUUUCUAUCGCUUUUUACCCUGAUUUUCAAACGAGAUCGUUAGACGGGGCGUGGAAGGUGUGUCUUGCACGCACGCACAAAACAAACCGCCUUAAACCUCGUCGAUUUGUUGUCAAAUUCGGUCGCCGACGCCGAACGCGAUUGUUAACCCGUGUAAGUGAUGGGUAUCGUACUAUAGUAUCACUUGUUCGCCGGUCAUUAUCAUCCCGCCGCCGUUCAAUAAAAUUUCUCAAGACAAAAGUCACGCUGCGUUCGCGCGGCGGCGGCGGCGUUGUCGAAUUUUUUUUCGCGGGCCACCACUACUGAAAUUCAAACGAGACGCUAAAAAUAAAUUACUGUGCGUUUUCGGUAGUGAACCCGAUAAUUCGAAGAAAAAAACGGGACAUUAUCGGCGGGCGUUGACGUGCGCGUGUGUGCGUCGCGUUUAUCCGGUUCGUGUUAUUUUCGUUCCGAUAAAAUUAUUGCAGAAAUUCCCGACCGGAUCAGGUCUCCCGUUCUCCCAUCGAGACGCCUCUGUAUAUAUAUAUAUACCACGUACGUUCCGUGCUUUACAAUAUUAUUGUCCAAAAUUUCCAUUAUCUGUACAGCAAAAAUGUCCAAAACCCACACCUAUUUUAUCUAUACAACGGUGGCUGUGACUUUUUUUCCGUACACGCCAUUUACACGAGUACAGCAGAAUUACUAUCCGUCGUGCAUAUUAUUUAAUAGUAAUGACCGUAUCCCCAAACAAUUAUUAUAACUUCAAUAGUUUUAAUAGACCACAUAAUAAUAUAUCAUUUUAACGUUAUAUGUUGGCUGGCGAUUCUCCGCCGCGUUGCACCGCAGAGGAGAAUAUCCAGUGAACCUAUGGGUUAGUUACCUAACACUCGUUUCGAAUUUUAUCCGUUUAUCCUCACUAUUUUUACCAUUAUUGUUACAAUAUAGUUUUUAAAUUGUCGACGGUUUUCGGUUAUCUCUGGAGCGCUCUUAUCGACAAUAAUGUUCGCGUCUAAUCCCGUAUACCGAUGGCAUAUUUUUAUCGCGUACCCAUUUAAUACUGCACGCAGACGUCAGAUUAUAAAUAUUAUAAUAUGAACGCGGUACCAGCGAUUUUAUGUGCCGCGUCUUGUCGCCGUACGAAAAUCGCUUUUACCGCGUUUUAUACAUACUAUACGUCAGUUAGUAGUAUUGUUAUGGCGUUGUUUAUAUAUAAAAUUACGAUAUUAUUGUCGAUAUGCACUGGUACGUAGAUACACGAAAACCUCUGUUUAAAAGUACUCACCGCACUGCAACCUGCACCGCCCUCGGAGGUCCUCUACAAAAUCGCUCGUCAUGCGCCGAGACCAUUAUUAAUUUUUGUUUUUCUGUUUUCCGAUUUAUAUAACAUUAUGAUUCCGUCUAACCCGUUGGUUUUCCUUUUUUUCUUUUUUGUGUUCCUGCACUGAAUGUGUAGACGUUAAGUAUAUCGUCGUCCUCAUAAUAGGUUUAACGAUAUACUUAAAGUCCACUGUACAGUCAAUUGUACGAUAUUACGCUCGUCGUUGCGAUCAUUCACUCGCGCGGACUGAUAUCCCGUAAUUGGGCGCUGAGAACGAAGAAAGAAAAAAAAUUCAAAACAAACACAAUAACUUAACAAUACUGCGGUAAUACCUAACACUAAAUUAUGACGUGCGGUCGAUCGAACACCAUCAUAACAUUAUAACGCGAUCUUGCGGUUUUUGUGAUUUUUUUUUUUUUUAUAAUAUCGCGAUAUUAUUACGGCGUCUAUCAUGCCGACGUUUAUACUAAUUUUUUCAAUAAUAGUAUUUCUAUUAUAUUCACAAUAAUUUAGUGUGUUGUACGAUUAUUUUAACUUGAAUGUCAUUUGUUCAUAUAUACUCUUUGGCUGUGAGUCGUGACGUUUCCUCUCUUUUUUAUUUCCUGACCAACAAUCCCUGACUAAAUAUAACAACCGUAUGUGUGUGUGAUUUUUUUUAAACAUUUUAAUGUGUAUAUUUAUAUUUUUCCUUUUAUACACACCGAUGAACCCCGAUUACAUAAUAAUAUGUUUCUUGCCAUUUACGACGAACCGAGUUGUUUUUGUGCCAUUGUUUCCCAUUUUUAAUUAAUAUUUUUAAAUAUAUAUAUAAAUGCGUAAUUAUGAUAUAUAUAUAUAUAUAUAUAUUGUAAAAACAAAUACAAAAUCGAAUAAAAUAAUAAUAAUUUGUAUAAAAAUAUAUAUAUGUAAAUAUUAUUGUUGUAUCGUGAUUAAGUGAUUCUGGAGAUGAAAAAUGAAUAUAAAAUAGGGUAUAUAUUUUUAAGGAACAAUAUAUAAAAUAUUAUAUAUAUAUAUAUAUAAAGAUAACAACUUUGAUAAUUUCUCUAAAACGAUAAAAUACAUUAAAAAAAAAAAAAUACAAAACAAGCAAUUAGUGGUUAUUAUUUCAUCUUAAACAUAUUAUUUUAAGUUAAUUAUACAAAUACAGUGACCAGAACACAUUUCGCGUUCUCUUUAUGAUUAUUUUUAUUUUUAUGAUUAUUAUUAUUACUAUUAUCAUUAUAAUUUUUUCGUUGUUGAUGAAAACACCUAUAAAUAUAAUACUAUACGUUUAAGACCUACGACCGUGCUGGAAAACCUAUUGUUUUCCCGUUUGCAUGCGAAUUCGAUAACAUUGAAUCCGACACGGAUGCAGUGCUAUGAUAAUAUUAUUAUUGUAUUAUUUUUCUGUAGUGUUUAUAAGGUUUACAGCUCAAAAAGAAAAAAAAAAGAUCAUAUUAUAUUAAUUGUAAGCCCGAAUCGAUUUUUUUUCAUCAACUUUUUUUUAUUAUGAUUAUUA